AUGAACUCAUUGUACGACUCUGCUCGUUCUCCUCGCUCCAGAUGGAUCACCGUGUCAAACUUACCACGCGAGGCCAACGAAAAUUGGUUAAAGAUGCUCUUUGCACCCGCAGGUGUUGUCGAAUCAGUCCAUUUCUCCAUGGAAGAUUGCGGUGGCGUUGCAAGCCUUCUCUUUGGUGAAGUUGAACAAGCCAAGAAAGCAUUGGAGUUCAACGGCUUUAAUGCUUUGGGUAUCCGUAUUGACGUUCGUGUUCGUGCAGAUCCACCGGAAUCAUAUCAAUCCAAUGGCCAAAAGCACAACACCUUGGCUCUAGCUCGCCCAAACAAUCUUCCAACACUUUCAAACCAUUUCUCUGGACCGUUUGAUCGCAAUAACAGCCAGGGUAAAGUUGUGGCCAACAAUCAUUAUCCAAUGGACUCAGCUCCGACUCACAAGAAUCUCUAUGUACUGAACUUGCCCUUGGAUGCAACACCUGAUCAGUUGACUGCCCUAUUCGCCUCAUACGGCAAUGUUGUCCAUUGCGUAAUCCUAGCAAUGCUCGAUGCACAAGCUCGUCGAAGAGGAUUUAUCGAUAUGUCAUCACCCAAAGAAGCCAAAGAAGCGAUCGAAGGACUCAACGGCUUCGUGUGGCAUGGCUAUCCGAUCGAAGUGUCGUACGCAAUCGUGCAGCGCAGUGGUGGCCCUUUUGAUCAAAAUGCAGGUCGUCCUGUAAUCAAGCGCAAUGUGCCUCGCAAUCGCUUCAAUACUGGACCAAGACGCAUUCCAAGCGACUCAGCUAUUGAUCCUAGCGUGAUGGCAAACUUGACCCAUCAUUUUUCCCAACAGAUGAACUUUGGUCAAGGUCAUAAUGUCGCAGCACCGCAUGCAUUGCACAAUAACGCAACGGAUCAACACGGUGGCGGUGCAGUUGUUGAUCCAUACACAAUUUUUAUCGCUGGCAUGGAUCCGGCUGCGAUUAUUGACGAUGACGAUUUUCGUACUGCUUUGGAACAUUACGGUGCCAUUACUGCAGCCACCUUGUGCCGUGAUGAAAAUGGUACUUCCCGCGGUUUUGGUAUUGUGACUUUUGCGACUCAACAGGCCGCAACAAAUGUUUGUGAGGCGAUCAAUGGCAAGGUAAUCGAAGGUCGUCGAUUGACUGCACACAAGUAUGUCUAUCAGCCUCCCAGCGCUCAAGGUGCUUUGAAUCCCUUUUUGCAAGCAAGUAGUCCAUUGUCACGUCGAGAUGGUCCAAAUGGCAAUAGCGCAGGACCAUUGAUGCCUUUGCGUUUCAACAAUCGCAGCUCGCUUCCCACUCCUUCAUGGUCAGCUAGCAAUCGAAUUAGUCAAGGCCCAGUCGGUUCAAUUGGUAUGCAACCAUCUCAAAUGCCAAAUUGGCCAAUCCGUGAGAAUCCUCCAGACUUUUUCAAACUCAAUACGGGCAGUCGUCCUAUCGAGAUCAAGCCAGAUCCGGACAACGCAAAAAAGCUCGCAGAUGCGUUUGUGCCAACGGCAAAAGCCAGUUCAACCCAUCAACACCAAAGGGACCCUUCCGCUGGUGUUGGCGAACAUCCAGUUAUCUCUCGUACGCCCAUCACUUCAAAUAGUCCAUGGAGUUCGUCAACGGUUGCUUCUACUAACAGCUUGGGAUUAGAUGGUUUGAGUCCGCAGAGCACAAUUUCCAUGAGCAGUACUGCUUUGCAAACGCCUGAAUCGGUUCGUGAUCGUGAUUCUGCCGGCAUUUGGUCAAACACUCACGGAAGCUCUGUUGGUAAUCGUAAUGCAUGGGGCAAUAAGCAUACGAACCUUGCUGGCUCCGCUAUUCUUUCUUUGCAAAGUGACGUUGUGGAAAAGAACAACAGUCGUCCUUCAAUGGCAAUGAUGGCACCAGUUGGCCAUGAGAAAACCUCUAGCCCAAUGCGCAUCAUGCACGCAACCAAUAAUGCUCAAUAA